AUGGCGCCGAUCACUGAAGACAAGACCGUCACCCAGAUCCUGACUGGUCCCAGCACCUGGGUCAGUUGGCAUCGCGAGUUCACGAACACAAUGGACGCCCUCAAGCUCCUCGAAUACUUCCAGGGCACCAAAGAACUCCUGACCGAGCCACGAUCAUCGGUCAAUCCGCUGCGAAUCAUGGAACGGGCGCAAGAACGGCGCAAGAAGAUCGCAGAAGAGAAGGGAGUGGCCAUCCUUGCGCUCACAGAUGAGGAACUCGAAGGCGCCACCGAAGCGACGCUCGAUAUCUCGACAGCGACCACUCCUCCCGACAGCGAAACAGAGGGAGAACAAGCCUCCGGGGCACCCACUGCCGCACAGAAGAGGACCGCAGGGAAGGCAGUGGACGACUAUUUCCAGACCUACGGCCUGUUCAUUCUUUCAAUCCAUUCAGAACCUUCACGACAACCGCCCUCCCUGAGGUCUCCAAUGAAGGAUCCUGGUUCGAAGACUACGCUCGAGCCGUGGGACCGAUCGUGCCACUAUAUGCAGCACUGGUACGGUCCAACCGCCUCACCCAACCCGAACCUGGGUUACAGAGAGAUCGCCACCGAGGCGCGGCAAACAACUAUCCCCCUGCUGCCCUCGACGACAGGCGCACGCAUUCAGAAGGGCGCAUUUCCGUCAUUCAACCCCGGUGAUUCAAAUGAGUCUGGGAAAGCUAGCAAGGCCUCCCACAAGCGCAAGAACAGCACUCUUCCUACCGAAAAGGCCAAAUGCCGCCUCUGUCACGGAAGACAUCACAUGGAGCGCUGUGCCUACAUCAUGCCACACCUGGCACCUGAAGGCUUCCAAAUACGGGACCACGUCAGAGAACGUGUGGACCAGAAAAUAGCCUCAGACUCCUCAUUGAAGGCCGAGGUCGAGCGCAUUCAGAACAAGCGAACCAAAAACUCUAAGCAACAACCAGAUGCUCCGGCGCAAGGCCAUUGA